AUAUUUCCAAUAUUUUCUAUUCAAUAACCUAAAAAUAAAUUUUAAUAUCGAUAUCUUCAAUAAGCCGACUCUUUUAUAACUUUUAUUUUAUUCUAUCCAUAGAUUCUUUAUGUGUAUUUGGAAACUUUUAGUUGCGUUAGAUGCAUGAGCGCAUGCGUAUGUAGAAUAAUAAUUUCCAUGGUAGUUUAAAUAAGUUCAUUGUGUAGAAAAAACAUAGAUAUUGUUUAUCUUCUCUAAGUCAUUGAAUUUUUAUUCCUCAAUUAUAUCAUUUUCUCUAUUAUUCUAACAUAUUGAUCUAUGAUUAUGUAUAAUCAUUUGUAUAAUUAUUUUUUUUUCUAUUGUAUUUGUUAGGCUCAUAACACAACAUUUAUUUCAUUGUUUCUUCUUUCAUAUGCUAGGACUGAAUCAGAACUCCUUAAGGAAAUUGUUGGAGAUGUUUUGCAAAAAUUGACUCCUACAUACCAAAACCAACUUAAAGGUCUGGUAGGAAUUGAGGACAAUUAUGAGGAAAUUGAAUCAUUACUGAAAAUUGGGUCAACUGAAGUGAUAACCAUUGGAAUAUGGGGUAUGGGUGGCAUAGGAAAGACCACCCUAGCCACUACUUUGUAUGCAAGAUUGUCUCCUCGGUUUGAAGGUUGUUGUUUCCUGAAAAAUGUAAGGGAAAAUUCAAGCAGCCAUAAUGGACUUGAAGCUUUACAUAACAAACUUUUCGCCAAGUUGUUAGAGAUUGAAAAUCAUUGUUUUGAUAUGAAUUUUGUGAGGCGUAAGCUUAAACAUAAAAAGGUUUUAAUUGUGUUGGAUGAUGUGGACACCUUACAACAAUUAGAAUAUCUAGUUGAAGAUUAUGAUUUGUUGGGGCCAGGAAGUAGAGUCAUUGUUACAACUAGAAAUAAACAAAUUUUUAGUCUAGUUGAUGAAGUAUAUGAGGUCAAGAAAUUGAGCUCUGAUCAAUCUCUUCAACUUUUUUGUUUGACUGUUUUUGGAGAAAAACAACCUAAACAUGGAUAUGAAGAUCUUUCAAGAAGUGUAGUUUCCUAUUGUAAAGGCGUUCCUUUGGCUUUAAAAGUUAUGGGUGCAAGUCUUCGUCGAAGAAGUGAAGAGGUAUGGGAAAGUGAAUUGAGAAAACUCCAAAAGAUUCCAAAUAUGCAAAUUCAUAACAUUUUAAAAUUGAGUUAUGAUGGCUUAGAUCGUUCUCAAAAGAACAUCUUUUUAGACAUUGCCUGCUUACUGAAAGGAGAAAACAAGAAUUCUGUAACAAGUCUACUAGAAGCUUGUGGUUUCUUUGCAGUAUCUGGAAUCGAAGUCCUUUUGGACAAAGCUCUCAUAACAAUUUCAAAUUACAAUUCGAUAGAAAUGCAUGACUUGAUACAACAAAUGGGUCAAGAAAUUGUUUAUCAAGAAUCCAUCAAAGAUCCGGGAAGACGAAGUCGAUUAUGGAAACAUGAUGAAGUGUAUGAAGUAUUGAAAUAUAACAAGGGAACUGAUGAUGUUGAAGGGAUAAUUUAAAAUUUGGAUACAUUAACUGAGGAUCUGUGUUUGAGCUCUGAUUUCCUUGCAAAGAUGCCUAAUGUGAGAUUUCUUAAAAUCCAUACAAAGCACCGGAAUAAAAAAAAAUUUAAUGUGUCCCUUCCUCAUGGUCUCAAGUCAUUCUCUUAUAAAUUGAGGUACCUUCAAUGGCAUGGAUUUUGUCUCAAGUCUUUGCCGUCUAACUUUUGUGCUGAACAACUUGUAGAGCUUCACUUGUCUCUGAGCAAGGUUAAAAGGCUUUGGAAUGGGGUUCAGGAUCUUUCGAAUUUAAAGACAAUUCUCUUAGAUGACUUGCCAGAGCUGGUUGAGAUGCCGGACUUAUCUAUGGCAAGAAAACUUGAACGUAUUUCUCUUCAAUAUUGUAUAAGUUUGCGUGAGCUCCAUCCGUCCAUCACGUCUCUCCCUAAGCUCACACAGUUGGAGUUAUUUGGACUUUCAAAAAUUGAUAUCCUUAAAGUUCAUUCAAAAUCUCUUCGUAAACUUAGCACCUUGGGUUGUUCAUCAUCUCUCAAGGAAUUCUCAAUUACAUCAAAGGAAAUGACUACUUUGGAGUUAUUGGAAACCACUAUAAGUGCAUUGCCGUCAUCAAUUUGGGAAAAUAGGAAACUUAGUAAACUUACUCUAACAGUCUCAAACAAUUUUGAAAAGUUAUCAGAUGAAGGAGGAAUGGGGUCGAUUACAACACUGAACCAUUCUGAGUGUGUGAAGCACAAUGCAUGCCAUACCCACCACAACUUUGGAAACUUAUCAUCUUUAAAAGAGUUAUGGUUAAGUGGAAUUAAUGAUGUGAGCUUGUUUGCAAACAUCCAAAACCUUUCACUGCUGCAAGUACUUCACCUGGAAAAUUGUCAAAACCUUGUGUCUCUGCCACAACUUCCACCAUCACUGGGUGUGCUUAGUUUAAGUGAUUUAAGGGAACUCGUGUCUCUACCACAGCUUCCACCAUCCCUUGAAAUUGUUCAGUUAAUUGACUGUAGGAAACUCGUGUCUCUGCCACAGCUUCCACCAUCCCUUGAAAGUCUUCAGUUAAAUGACUGUAGGGAACUCGUGUCUCUGCCACAGCUUCCACCAUCCCUUGACAGGCUUUUGUUAAAUGAUUGUAGGAAACUCGAGUCUCUACCACAGCUUCCACCAUCUGUGACAUAUGUGAAAGCCAUUAACUGCACUCUUCUAGGGACAGAUUUCACUCAACGGAUAGCAUUACAACACAUGUUGAGUCGCUCACAGAGCCUUAACUUCGGUAAGUUUUUCAUGUUCCCAGGAGACCAUGUGACCGACAAGUGUGAGUUUCAAAAAGCAGGGACUUCAAUAACUAUUCCUUACCUCUCACCGUCGAACUUGUGUGGUUUCAUUUGUUCCCUCGUCCUUUACAGGGGAUCAUACGAUGGUAUUUUCAUUUAA